AUGAGGACAAAUUUUCGAAAAGGUGUUAAACGUUUAGCAGAAAUGAAAUAUUUUAUUGAUCCAGAUAUUGAACAUGUUCUUGUUUUUCGUUCUAAUACAAAAUUUUUUGAUUAUGAAAUUUAUCUCAAUCGACAUAUGUUACUUAUGGAUAAGGCAAGUUGUUUACCAUGUUUAGCAUUAUCUCCACCACCCGGUAGUAUUGUACUUGAUGCAUGUGCUGCACCUGGUAAUAAAACAAUCUGUUUAGCAAAUUAUCUACGAAAUAAAGGUAAAUUGUAUGCAAUUGAAUUGAAUAGACGUCGUUUUAAAGAAUUAAAUAUUAAUUUAAAAACAGCCGGUGUUACUUGUGCACAUACAUUAAAUGGUGAUUUUUUAAAUGUUACAUUACCAUUUGAUGAGAUAGAUUAUAUAUUACUUGAUCCAUCUUGUUCUGGUUCGGGUAUUCGCAAUCGUAAUGAUGAUACCGAAGUUAUUGAUGAAGAACGUUUAGAACGUCUUGCUACAUUACAAAUACGUAUGAUUACGUAUGCAUUAACAAAUUUUCCAAAUGUGAAACGUUUAACAUAUAGUACAUGUUCAAUACAUAUGCAAGAAAAUGAACAAGUUGUUGAAACAAUUCUUGAUCAAUUCAGUGAUACAUUUCAGCUUGUGGAUUUCUUACCUAAAUGGCCUAGUCGUGGACAAACGGAAAGAACACAAGCCUGUUUACGUGCUUCUCCUGAAGAUACAUUAACAAAUGGAUUUUUUGUUGCUUGUUUUGAAAGAAUAAUAAAAUUAGAUACUGAAUAA